AUGGCCGUGCCUCCGGGAGCCGAGCGCCGCAAGGUGUUCGACUUCGACACUGCCAUGUUUGUCAAGGGCACCAGCAUGGCCCGCGCAAUGUCCCCUUCCGCCUCCGAGGCUACCUCGCGCUCCUCCUUCUCCUCCGUCCGCGAAAACGACGACGGCUUCGCCCAGACCUUUACUCGAUCCAAAAUCUCCUCCUACAUCGACACUCCCGUCGACGUCUUUGACGAAUCCGGCUCUCCCGACGUUGAGAGCCCCCCGCCCGUCUUCCAGCCUCCUGUCACUCAGCCCAACUCCAAGCUUCAUGGCUUCUGGUAUCCCGCCGAGGGCUUCAAGGGCUGGCGCGAGAUCCCCAUCAAAGGGAGCAGGGUUGCUAGCCGCAGCUGCGAUGACCUGCGCAAUCUGCAUAUGACAUGGGAGAAACCGGCCCCCGUAGUCGAAGCGCCGCCCACUGGCGUCUAUCCCACCUCUGACGCGCCUCUUGAGAGACUGCCAAGCGAGAUCCUAGGUGCUAUCAUCGAUCUUCUCGUCGUUGAGAUCCCUCCCAACGGCCUCACCACCCGCAAUACCGACCUCAUGUCGCUUCUGCGUACCUCGCGCGCCAUCCAUGCCGCUACUCUCACCACCCUCUAUCGCCACAUAACCAUUCCUCACUCUCGCAUCUUCCGCAAGUUUCUCAACACCAUCACCGAAUACCCCGUCCUCGCCACUAUCGUCCGCCGCCUCGACUUCAGCCACUUCAACCCCUCCAUCAUGUUCUCUACCGCUGCCGAGCGACUGCAGGCCCAGAAUCUCACCAGCGAGACUCUGUUUCAGUGUCUCGCCCUGACUCCCUACUUGCAAGAAUUUCUCGCCCAAGAGUACAUUGAUGAUGACCUCGGCCCCGAUGUCCUUCGCAAGUUGUUGUUCGAUAUGCCCUCUCUGACCUCGAUCGAUUUUUGCGGCUGUUCGUCUCUUGCUUUUAAGAAAUCCUUCCUGGCCAUUCUCGACGACCCUUGGCCCGAGACUCUCAGCAUCACCAAACUCUCCUUCCACAAGUCUCUGAGCCUACCUUCCUCUGUCUUUGAGACCAUUCUCCCCAGAAUGCCCCGCGUCACCCACCUCGAUCUUGCCGGAACCCGAGUCACGGACAAGGCGCUUCUUUCUAUUCCUGCAUCUGCCCAACUUACGCACUUGAACCUUGCAAAGUGCAAGGAGCUGUCUGCCGAUGUUGUCACCAAAUUUAUCACCUCCCACCCUGCUGCCAGAAACCUAGUUUUCUUGAGCCUGGGUGCCGAUCCCAGCACUCACUUGCUGCUGGGCAAGAGUGACCUCGACGCUCUUCUGCCCAACCUGCCGCCCACCCUCAAGUCCCUGAACCUUCGAGGCAGCAGAAUGGACUCUUCCCAUAUCGAACAGCUGACCAGGUUGUCGCAGACGCUGGAAGAGCUGGCCGUCGGUCGGGGCCUCGCGAUGAGCGACAUUCACCGCCUGUUCUUCCGCGACCAGCAGUGGCAGACUCACACCCUCAAGUACAUUGACAUUUGUGACGUCGAGACCAUUAUUGGUAGUGCUAGCACCCUGCUCGCCUCGGCCUCUGCUCCUCUCCACGUCGUGGAGCUCUCUGAGCGUGCGUAUGAGCGCGCCGCCAAGGUUAACAAGAAUCUGCAGCGCGUUGGGUGGCUGGCGCACGAAUUUGGUAGCCGUUACUGGCUUAGACGCAUCGAUACCGAUGAAGACAACUUUGACCACGGUCACCGCUCCUGGAAGAUGGGCGCGAAGAGUUGGGGAAUGCGCAAGAUUCCUACUGUCGUCUCAGAAGUGGGAGGCAUGUACGGAUCUUACAUGUUUGGUCGUCGACUUUGA